AUGCUGGUGUAUUUACACCUUGCUGCCACCUCAUCCCCCCUCACUCUCAGGUGUAUCACAUCAGAUUGGCAGGAUGAUCUGACAUGCUACUAUAUACAAGAGAAAUGGAUCCUGUAUUGUUCCUGGUUACCAUUACACCAUCCACCAGAUUCACUUGUAUACACUGUGUUUUUAAAAUGGGAAAUGUCCUUCACCUUCCAGCAUAAGAGUUUAUCAGUUAUUCCACAAGUUAAUAAUUAUGUGGGACUCACCAAGAGAUAUACUGCAAUACGAAUUGCAAUACAGGGAAGCAGUGGAAGCAGCCGUACCCUGGAUAUCGAACUUACUGAAAAGCCAGCAAUUCUGGAAAAUGCACCUAAAAAGAUCUCACAAGGAAAAAUAAGUAUCUUUCUUAAAUGGAAGACAUCACAAAGCAGAAAUACCAUUGGUUACUAUAUAAACAUUGAGAGAAUACCCCGCUAUUGCCCCUAUGUACUGACAUAUCUGAAUGUAACAGAGAAUUGGGUGCAUCUGAAUCUCUCCAUGGCUUAUUAUAGAAUCAAAAUCUCUGCCUACAAUGAAGCAGGAGAAUCCCCUCCACUAACAUACCUGGUUCCAGAUUUCACUACAACAGAUUUACCUGGCCAGAUCAAUGUCUCAAAUCAGCAGAAUUAUACUGUUAUCAGCUGGAAUCUAAAAUACAAAUCACAUUGCAUUGUGAUUGACUGGGGCACUGGAUUAGAAGACAUGACAAUUCGUGUUUCAUCUUGGAGAAACAAGACACAACUAAAUGGCCUCCAACCAUAUAGGCUAUACAAAGUAACAUUGCAUGCAUUUGACUGUGAGUGUGAGGAUUUUGUGAAGCAUGAAUGGACGUUAGCCAGGACUUACUUCUAUGCAGUUGAAGGAGUUCCCCAAAUAGGUCCAACUAAUGUAACCAUUGCAGUUGUGACAAAGCAUUCAGCUGUUGUGAAAUGGAAUGAGAUACCUGCAGAAGAGCGCUUAGGAUUCCUUCAGGGUUAUAGAAUUUGCUACACGGAUAUCCUGAAAAAUCUCUCUGUGGCUAUUACGGUCAGUUCUUCAGCUUACCAGUACCUCAUGACAGAACUGAAGGCAAAAACCCUUUACAAAGUACAUAUCACAGGAUUCACCAGUAAGGGAGAAGGAGUUAAAAGCCAGCCACAACUUUUUACAACACUUAAGUAUGAUCCUGGGGAAUUUGAAGGAAGUGUGGCUGGCCUCUGUCUUGCCAUCAUGAUGAGCAUGGUUGCUGUUGCCACACUUUGCUCCCUGAUACUUAAAAGAUCAAGAAAACUAUUUUGGCCAGCCAUGCCAAAUCCAAGAUACAGUACAGCUAUACUGAGUAUGGAAAGAACCAUUCCAGUGGUUCUCCUGGAACCCAGUUCACACCCACUGCCUCAGUCACAACCAUCUAAUGGACCCAAUAAGCUUUAUGUGGUAGAAAAUGAUUCACAGACACCGUCAAGACAGGGAUCCCUUUCUAGGGGCAUAAUUACAGUGAAGGUUUCCGCAGAGCAUUCUGAAAGACUUGCAGGGGUAAAUGCAGACACUGCCCUGAAUCCUUUGAAAAUCCCUGACAAAGUAAAUGCCAGUGAUUAUAUUGGCGUGGAUGUUGGUCAUAAAGCCAUGCAGAAGCUCAGUGAGUCUACCCACAAGGAAAGACUAUCUACAAAGGAAGUUGAUCAACAAUUCAGGAAGAGGGCAACCAGCUGCAUACUCUCCUCAAAAUCCUGUGAUGGAAAGCCAAGAUGCUGCUUAGUGCAGCAACUCCAUCCUUAGAAACCAGAGCAAAGUGCAAACAGAACCGUCUCAGCAUUAGGCCAAGUAAAUGUAAUGAGUGUUCAUGUUGAGAUGAACAGCAGUUAUGGGACAGAUUAUGGUAAUACCUCCCAAUGGACUUUUGGAGACAGAAAAAUGCAAUUGACAAUGCAACUGAAUUAGCCAUUUUGGGGUCUAAUUAUGAUUACACAUCAAACUGAACUUUACCUUUGUUCACACAGACUAUUUUGGGGGUUUUCUCUGCCAUAGGAGCUUAGUUAAUCAUUAACUAAACACAGCAGCAUUUGAUUACUAAAGACAUGGAGAAACACAGUGCUGCAUGAAAUCAGAUGUGCAUGUAGCACAUUAAGACAGCUGAAAACUUAAAUGCCAUUGUUAAGACACCAGGCACUACCAACCUUGUGACCACUGCACCAAGAAUGUCUUACACCGCUUGUUUUAUUUGUGUAACAUGAACAAACAAAAUGGGUUAAUAGAGAUCUUCAAAAUGAGUUUGUUAAAGGUACCUAGCUGCAGUGUUUAAUUUUAAAACCAUCACUCUAUGUCUGAACACUUGUUGAAGCAAUACUGCUGGUCUAAAACCUGGGCACUGCGUUGUUGCUUGCUGUCCUAAACCAAACCGCACCAAAAUGAUGAAGAUGAAUUGAAGGCAUUGCAAAAAACGAAUAUAACAGACAUAGACGACAGCUUAAGCUGGCCAACUGAACUGUCUUUUAACCAGGAGACAGGGGAUUGGAUUUUAGUUGGCUCAAAUCAUUCCGACUGCUGAAUUGGAACUAAAACUGAUAGCUACCUAGUAUGCUUUCCAAUAUAAACCUCCAACCUUGGUAAUAUUGUUGUUUUUUUAAGUUAUUUUCAGUGGUUUUGUGAAACUUUGAUGGAACGAGAUAAAAUGUACUCCCAGUCUGUUUUGAAUCUAGUCAAAUUCAUUACAUUUGUUACAGUGUACCCAAGAAAGGUAUGGAAAGGCCCUAGCUGUUUCUUUGAGAAAGGCCUUUGGUGAAUUAAAAUUGGCUGUGCUCUUCUUUUCCACACAGGAAGCCAGCAGCUAUGCUAUAUGUAAUUUCAAGCAGCCUCCUUAUGCAGGCUAUUUUAUGUGAAGUGGGAAACAGAACAUAAAGCCCAACAAAAACCACUGUCAAUAGUUUAAUAACUGCAAAUCUUCAAGAUAAAUUGAAGAGUAAUAUCCAAUGUUGUCUCCAUUGUCUUUUUGGCACCUACUGAAGACUUUCCUCUUUCAACAAGCCAUUUAAGUAGAGACCUUAUCCCAGUUUGCAUCUGUAUUGGAAAUGUUCUUAAAUAUGUUGUUUUUCAGUUUGUUUUUUCAAUAGUGUUUUGUCACUGUUUGCUGCCAUGGGCUCCCUUUGGGAGGAAGGAUGGGAUAUAAAUUUAA